UCUUGCUGGUUUACGUUUUCAAGACUUUCUCUUUCGAGUUCAGACGCGUUUCACGCGUCUCUCUUUCUCUCUUUCUCUCUUUAAAGCUCCUCAUUUUUUACAAAGGAUUCAAACCUUUUCUUUUUCUUGAUUUUGUUUUUAGAACUUCGUUUUCUGUUUAAAGUUUCUCAGCAUUUCCAUUCCUCCAGAUUAAUAAUAUUUGACUUCCUGUCAACUGCCUGAUCAAGUAGCAGAUUUUCCUCAUUAAAAGAAUGUUAGGUCUAAAGAAAUCUCCACUGAGGACUGCUAAGCACAAUUCAGUUGAUCCUGGGGGUGUUGCUUCUCGCUCCAACCCUUUUGAUUCUGAUGACGAGUUGGAGAAUAAGCAAACCCUUAAACCUACCAGGAGGACUUCUUCUGAACCUUCGCUGAAUCCUCCUAAUUUUGGGACCAAUCCUUUUGAUGAUGAUGAAGAGAAAGUGAAUUCUUCUUCUUCUUCUUCAUAUUGGCAAACUUCGGCAUCACAGAACAAGUAUAAGAAUGAUUUCCGUGACUCUGGAGGACUAGAGAACCAAUCAGUGCAAGAAUUGGAGAACUAUGCUGUCUACAAGGCUGAGGAGAACACAAAAACUGUGAAUAACUGUGUGAAGAUUGCAGAAGAAAUGAGAGAGGGUGCCACCAAGACUUUGAUCACCUUACAUCAGCAGGGUGAGCAAAUUACCAGGACCCACGAUGUGGCUGCUGGCAUUGAUCAUGACCUUAGUCGGAGUGAGAAGCUUUUGGGAAAUCUUGGAGGCAUGUUCUCUAAAACUUGGAAGCCAAAGAAGACUCAUCAAAUAGUUGGUCCUGUUAUAACAAGAGAUGAUUCACCUAAGAGAAGGGGUGGCCACUUGGAACAGAGGGAGAAGCUGGGAUUGAAUCCUGUUCCUAAGGGACAUUCAAAAUCUAGAACACCACCCCCUGAACUGGCAAAUGCAUUUCAAAAAGUUGAGGUUGAGAAGGCAAAGCAGGAUGAUGCCCUCUCUGAUUUAAGUGAUCUACUUGGAGAGCUGAAGGGAAUGGCCAUUGAUAUGGGAUCUGAAAUUGAGAGGCAAAAUAAAGGUCUGGAUGGCCUCCAAGAUGAUGUGGAUGAGCUAAAUUUCCGUGUGAGAGGUGCAAAUCAACGUGCUCGUCGAUUACUUGGGAAGUAGGAUUUCAGUCUCAUGAUUUUGCUUUUGAGACUUUGCUUGUUCAUGCUGCCAUCCUAUCCAGCCCUUCUGUUUCACUCUUCUGUCAUAGUGAUCCAUUUACAUACAAAUUGGAUUUAGACUUUUUUUUUCCUUUUAACAUCUAUUAAUAUGCAGUUGAGCUCUUAACUACUUGUAUUUGUUGCUUUAUCAAUUUUCCCCUUAACAUGACUGGAUGAUGUCUAGAAU